GGAGCCGGCCCCGCGGCUCCUGCGAUGGCGGCGGAGGAGGCUGCGGCGAGAGGUAAAGUGUUGAUAGAAGACAACCGGUUCAUUGCUCCCAUGGUUUCCCAUCAUAUGAGCCCGUGGACAAAACCAACAGCUGUUGGCUCCUUCAGCCCACACAUGACAGAGUUGCCAAGAAAACGUAAAGGAAGUGAUUCAGAUCCAUCCCCAGAUGCUCACAGCCAAACCGAAAAACGGAGGAGAGAUAAAAUGAAUAACCUGAUCGAAGAACUGUCCGCAAUGAUCCCGCAAUGCAAGCCCAUGGCACGGAAGCUGGACAAACUGACGGUUUUAAGACUGGCCGUUCAGCACUUGAAGGCUUUAAAAGGUAUGACAAAUUCUUAUGCAGGAGAUAUUUAUCAACCUUCAUUGAUUCAGGAUAAUGAGCUCAGACACUUAAUCCUUAAGACUGCAGAAGGCUUCCUGUUUGUGGUUGGAUGUGAAAGAGGAAAAAUUCUUUUUGUUUCUCAGUCAGUCUCCAAAAUACUUAAUUAUGAUCAGGCUAGUUUGACUGGACAGAGCUUGUUUGACUUCUUACAUCCAAAAGAUGUUGCCAAAGUAAAGGAACAACUGUCGUCUUCUGAUAUUUCUCCAAGAGAGAAGCUAAUAGAUGCCAAAACUGGUUUGCGAGUUCACAGUGAUUUCCACACGGGAAGGACCCGUGUGUGCUCCGGCUCAAGGCGAUCCUUUUUCUGUCGGAUAAAGUGUUGUAAAAUCGCUGUCAAAGAAGAGCCCGAGUGCUUACCCAACUCAAAGAAGAAAGAUCAUAGAAGAUUCUGUACCAUCCACUGCACUGGUUACUUGAGAAGCUGGCCUACAAGUAUUGUUGGGAUGGAAGAAGAAAGGGACAGUCAGAAAGACAGUAGUUUCACCUGCCUUGUUGCCUUCGGGAGAUUAUAUCCAUAUAUCGUCCCACAGAACAGCGGAGAGGUUAACGUGAAACCAACUGAAUUUAUAACCCGCUUUGCAAGGAAUGGAAAAUUUGUCUAUGUGGACCAAAGGGCAACAGCAAUUUUAGGAUAUCUGCCUCAGGAACUUUUGGGAACUUCUUGUUAUGAAUAUUUUCAUCAAGAUGACCACAGUAAUUUGACCACCAAGCACAAAGCAGUUCUACAGAGCAAAGAGAAAAUAUUUACAGAUUUAUACAAAUUCAGAGCGAAAGAUGGCUCUUUUGUGACUUUAAGAAGCCAAUGGUUUAGUUUCACAAAUCCUUGGACCAAGGAACUGGAAUAUAUUGUGUCUGUCAACACUUUGGUUUCGGGACAUAGUGAGACCGGAGAAGCACCAUUACUUCCUCGCAGCUGUCGCUUGUUGGAAGAGUCCUCUAGACAGCCUUGCCUCAGUGUGCCUGGGCUGCGCACUGGUACCGUGCUCGGUGCUGGUAGUAUCGGAACAGACAUUGCAAAUGAAGCUCUGGACUUACAAAGUAACCAGCUCAGCAAUAUAAUGGAAGAGAAGAUCACCUUCACAGAGGCAACAAAUAAGAUAAAAAGGUUACAGUCUUCUUCAUCCCUUGGUGAUUCAAGUCCAACAGAUUUAAUGAAAGAUAUUCACACUAUAAACUGCAGGAAUAUGUUGAGUAAGGAGUUGAUUCCACUCAGUACUUCCGACACAGGGGAGCUGGAAGCUAGGAGGCAGAACCACCACGCUGCCGCUCCCCCUGGGCAUGAACCACUCCUGGGUGGUGGUGCCCAGCUGGAUUUUGAUGUCCUGUGUGACAAUGACAACACAGCCAUAGCUGCCUUCAUGAAUUACUUAGAAGCAGAGGGGGGCCUGGGAGACCCUGAGGACUUCAGCGACAUCCACUGGACACUUUAGCAUUUGAUUUUUCACUCCAAAAAUUCUGCUCGAAAGAGGCAUCACCCACUCAAGCAGGUGGUUGUUGGACUCUGGAAUUGGAGCUUCGGAUUUGCCAAGCAGGAUAUCAUGGGCAGAGCAAUCAAAAGCCAUAAAGAAAAACUGCUAAGUGGCCACUAGGUGUCACUUUUCCAUUUCUUUAGAGCUUUGUGUUUAUUAGGUGAAUUUGUCCAAGUUCCCUGGGGCCUAGGAGAAGCAUUUAUGUCUUUUGUGUCUAGAAUACAUCUGCCUCUCUGGUAUGAGUUAUUUUAUGAGCAAUGCUUUCUCAGAGAAGAUUCUUCCCAUAUAAUAUAAGGAUUUAGUUCAGGGAGCUCUCCGGAUGUGGCUAUGGUAAAAAGCUAACCUUGGAAAGAAAACCUGUCCAGUCUGGAAGAUGCUUUCCGAACUCAUCUGAGUGUAUGGUGCAUGUGCCACUGCUCAGGCACCCUUGAGUUUAGUUUGUCUUUUAUACAAUUUUUAGCUUUCUUCCAGUUCACUCGUGCUUCUCUGUAUAUUGGUAUUUUUUA